AUGCUUGAGCUCACUCUCGAUGAAACAACUUUAUAUUACUUUUUCCUCAGUGACUUGACUCCCAAUGGCAAGGACUUUUCCGCUGGCAUUAACGAUUGGGCAGCAAGCAUCCCGAAAAAUGCAAAGCCCAGCACUAAGGCCACCACCAGCCAGCCCAGCAUAUUCAAAAAUAGCACAAGUUCACACCGCCUUCCCCCCCUGGCCAAUGCCAGCACUCGCUCAUCCACUAAUUCGGUUCUGACAGAAAAUGUAUUGAUUUCUCACACUGUCCCCAUCACGCAGGAACCGAAAGAGCAAGAUACUCUCCAACUCCUUGAUGGACUUGGAAGACUCUCAGAUGAAGAUGAGACCCAGGGUCUCGAACAAGAGGCUGCAGUUGCUAGCCCUCCCAAAGGGAAAAAACGAGUGUCAAGUUUGGCUCUUGCCAAGGAUUCGCCUGGCAAGCCCCCAGCUUGUCAAGCCGAGUGCACAAAGAAACCUGGCAACAAUGAUCUCCCAGAUGGUGUUGAACAAAGGCUGUGGCGCUGUGUCUUUAUCUCUACUUACAUGCAAUAUGUUGCAACUCUGGCUAACCCCUGGGAGGUUCCCCCCAAGUUGGCCUGCCAGAAAUUGCAGGUGAUCUGGGACACAAUUUUCCCCAACAUCCCAUACACUGUCACUGAGCACAAGCACCAUACUGUCCAGCAUGUUGCUGACUCUUAUCGAAGCUUCAUUGGCUCAGCAGCCAUUGCAAUCGCCAUUGCAUACCUCGAGUCCCAGGACACACUCAAGCACUCGGACGAUAAUUGUGUCAAAUUCACUACUUACGCACUGGACAAGCUUCGCUUCUUGUACAAGAAGGCAAACGGUGAUGAUAAAUCUAAGUUCCACGGCCUUUAUCAAGGUGCCUUUGUGGUGCAAAUGUUUGGCGCCCACUUCACUGCUAUUGACAGCACUCACAAGAUACAUGGACUACUAGACAAGCUGGGAGAAACCUUGAAUCCUGCUGGGGGUCUAGCGCUGUCAUCAAAUGUGCAAAGGCCUGACACCACCUGGUCACUACCUGAAUGUCCUGGCAGCAACCUGGAUAUCCUGGAGGUCUGUCUCGCGAUUCAAUUCCCACAACAGACUAACAUAUGA